AUGAAGCCCAGAGGGCUGCCAGGAAAUUCAAUGUUAACACUGACAGUCAAAUCUAAGUGCCCCGGAAGCCCAGCCGAAACCAGCGAAGCUCCCAUAGAAAAUGGACAACAGAUGAAUGCUAAUCCGCUGAACUACCUGGCCACCGACGAGAGAGAGCUGGCCCUGAACGUCUAUAGUGGCAAAGAUGGCAGCCUCGCAAACUCCCGCUUCAUGGUGGACGCGGCCGCCCUGUUUGCGCACGCAGCCCGCCACCUCGCCGCUGCGCCUCUUCCAGCAGGGCCCCUGUCCCCGCCCACCUGCUCCCGGUCGGCCAAGGCCCCUGGCCCAGCCCGGCCCAGCCCCGCCAUCUCCUCCCUCGGUCCCUCCCCACCCCACUUCCCUCCCGCCGCCCCUGGCGCCCGAUCGCCCGCCAGGACAGGGCCAAAGAGCGCCCGGAGCCCCCGCCCCUCGCAGUCAGGCUCGCGGGGCCCUGCCCAUUACCUCGGCGCCCCCUGCCUGCCCCUGCUCUCCUCUGGGGGCUCGGCCGGCCCGCCCCCCACACCCCGCCGGGCCAGCGCUGGCCUCGCGCCCCGCGCCUCGCGCGCCACCCUCGAGCGCCACGACCGCCGUGCCCCGAUCGCCAGGCCUCGAUGGUCGCGCGGCACCGCGCACCAGGCCGCCGGGCCGGCCCAGGAGGCCCGGGUGGGGCGGGCGGAGCGGGCCGAGGGGUUAGGUAGGGAAGGCCGGCCAGCUGGGCCGGAGGGGCGGCGGCGCGCACCAGCACCGCGCGCCCGCGCCCCACUCCGCCAGCGCCGCCCCUGCCUGCGCCCGUGCCGCCGGGGGGCGGGGCCUGGCCGGCGGGGCUCGGGCUCCCCGAGGACCCCGAGCCACCUUCCCGGCCGGGUCGUGACCCCGGGCGCGAGCCCUGCGAUGACCCGGCCGCCGCCGCCGCCGGCUCGGGCUGCAGCGCCCCAGGCCCGCGCGCCAGGUGAUCUCGAGCGACGCAGCCCACCUCCUCCUGUCCCCCACCGAGGCUCACCUGCCAUCCUAAACCGCCCUAGACUGGACCGGACUGGGGGGGCCCCGCAGGGAAGAGAGGGGCGGGUGCCAGUAGGCCAAGGUCUCUCUGCCCAGGCUCCGCUCGGCGGGUCGGGCGAAAGGCGCGCGGAGUCGAGGCCGCGUUCUGCCAAUGACUGA